GGAAGAUAGUUCUAGUGGUGCUGGUGCACCUGGACUCGCACCAGGCGCUAGCACGAUACUUGCUCUUGCAAUUGGCAAAAGUAUAAGUAGUUGAGUUAAAAUCUAUGGCGACCUGUCCCGCUGGCGGAGCUCAGGGUAGUGUCCCACUACUCACCCCGGCUGCCAGCCCCGAGCACCAUGGUACCCCUUCGUGGCAGCACCGAGAUUACCGUGUGCAACUCUCCGACUGCAGUGAUGACGUGUUGUUCUGGUGUGAACCUGCGGUGGCGUCGCCAGGAUGGGAGGGAACCGGUAGUGCUGGCGGCUCUUCCUCGACGCUGUCAGCCUCUUCUAUCGGCAACAAAGCGUCCGACUGCGUCGCGUGCCGGUCCUACUCGGACAUUGGUGCCUUCAAGACCACGGGCGUGAUUGUGCUCUUCGGGAUGGUGUUCACGGUUUUUGUCCUGUUCCUGUACGAGCUGCGGGAGCGGGAUUUUGACGUGGUGUCGAAGAAGAUGCUGGUCUACCCCUUCGCUGCCAUGCUCGGAGCGACGCUGCUGGCGUGGAACCACUUCGCGGAGGGCCGCGGCGUGUUGGAUAUCGAUGUCCGGCUGGUCGAUUUUUUCGGCAGCCUACUGUUCGCGUUGCUGCUGUUCUAUAACGCGUACUUCGUGCGCACCCGGGGGCUGUACCUGCGGUUCCUCACCAUCUUCAACCAGGGCAAGACGCCGGACGAGGCGGACCGCGACAUGGUGCUCAAAAGCCGUAGCCGUGCACAAACGCGUUUCGACGUUGUAUCUUCAAACUGUGACGACAACGACCUCGUCGACACAGCAAGCGGAAGCGAGGCCGUGCUGGCUGAGGAGGAUGUGGAUGAAAUUGAUGUCGAUGUUGACGACAACAGUGUCGGGCACAAUCUGUCCCGGAAGGAGUCCGAGGUCGUGAAUGAUCAUUACACGUCGACUUAUUCCAAACAAACUAGUCUUCAAUCGACCGUGAAUAAACACCUCUCCGUCUCCUCUGUUUGGGGAACUUUUACACGCCCGACAGUAACAAGGGCUAGUGUGUGGGCAAAAACAAAGUCGGUCCUGCCCACGCCAGGCAAAAUCAAAGCGCAGACAAACUCCGCCUGGAAGAAGAUGAAGAGCAUAGCGGCGGACGCAAAAAUCGACGCAGCGGCGCGACGAGCAGGCCGGCGCCGAACAACCAACAUGAACAUGGACGCAGAGCCGGACGACCGCGGUUUGGACGUAAAAAGACUAGAAAGCGUGGAAAGCACCCCUAGUGAUGAAGAGGCAAUCGCCUCGUCGUACAGCAAGACGGACUUGGAGCUCUUCAUCGACUUCGCUUUUUCAAUUUUCUUCUACGUAGCCUCUGUCAGCAUCGUCUGCCUGUCGUUCAAACCAGACGCGCUCCCAGUUUUCUACGCCCCCUGCUGUGGCCAGGCAACUCCGCGCCCGCCAAUGAACCGCUGCUCGUCUCGGCAGGCGGCCCUGGACAAGCUAGGCACACAAGGAGCGGCACCCGGAUCGACUCGCGCGCAACAAGGAUCCUGGCCAUCUGGCUGCACCGCAAACACGGGCUGCCAGACAGCGCCGUCGCCGCUCUGUCCGGGCGGUAAAGAUCACCCUGCUGCGCCCUAUUGUUUCUGUGAUUACGAAAUGAAGGUCGACUGCGCGACGGGUGGCUGGACGCCAACGCCGCCACCAGGAGGAAUUACCAAGGUGCUGAGGUAUGAACUUAUUUAAGUCCUCGUGUGUUUGUACCCUCUCUCGACGAGAGCGCAAGAACGUAGUACUAUUACGUGAACGUCGUCGUUGAUAUUUUUAAGCACUAUCAUUUUAUUUAUGGUGCUUCGAAAACACGAUGAUCUUGGUUGAGCGUAAUAAACCACUGCUUCAAAUGUCCUAGUAGAGCAUAUUAUCGGUGUAAAAGUAAAGAGAGUAAUCUGGAACUUAGACUAUGACUAACAAGUUCACCGUCGUGUGAAAAAAUUCAACCUAUCAACAGUCACGGCGCCCCUCGCAGCUGCGUUUUGUGUGCGAACGGUUGGCAGCCAAAUCCAUUUCAGACCGCUUGCGUCCCGGCAACGUGCCCUUCGGGACAGCAGAGUUUCUGUGGCGUGUGUCACGACCCGUUCACACCGCCGCUCGGUGUGGAUAUUGGUAGCGACCAGGGGUACUAUGUGGCUAUCAUUGUUCUCGCCUGUCUGUGGGGUGCGCUCUGCUGUUGGGUCGCGUUUGGAUGGAGAAACUUCGUGCCGCCAAUACCCGACAUCGAAAUACACCAACAAGAAGAAGUGACCGACUUCAACAGUAUCUAAGUACACACAAAUAGCAAGAAGCAGUAUGCGAGUAGAUACAUUCGAAUAUAUCUAUGGAUACUGUCGUGCAGCUAGUAGUAGUGCUCUUCACUUUCUUCAAUACGAAUACUUUUUUCGUUGUGGCCACACAAAUUGAUUUCAACACGUUACAAGAGUGCGCACUUUCGAGGAAAUCAGGGGUGUUGUUCUAUUUGUUCAUGCAGACAAUAACAAACAACUAGGAACCUUGACCACAAGAAGCGGCAAAGAGGGCAUCCUUGGAGAGGAAGACGAAGCGGAUCUACAACUACAAGUCCCGCGAGUAAUCAUCACGGAUGUUGAUGCCUUGUCCUUUGACGAUGACGACAUCCAGCCAAGAACUUUCCAGCGUAUUCCCAACACGGAACGACCCUUUCAAGAACUAGCAACGAGAAAGAUGAAGUCCGUCAACUUCACUGCAAGUACGUAGGCGUAGCGCAGCACUUACAGACGCAAUAGCGCCGGAGGAAGCCCCCUGCCAGUUCCAGUUAUACUCAGCCGCGGAAGGGAACAAUGCGGAUGAAGCGACGAAAAGGAACAGGACCGGUGUACUCCUGGACAGAAGAUGAAAACCAUGAUCUCCAUCUUCAACUACAACUCACGGAACGAGUCUUGAAAGAGCAAACGGUUGCCAACGGCUUAGGUCGAGCUAACGGAGGGCAGCCGCAGUUGUUAGGACAACAUGAACACUAACUUAAGUGAAAGCGAUAAGAAUAAAGAAGCUUCGUCUUCAUCUGCUGCAAGAAUAGCUGCAAAAGAUAUGAGCAGUACCGACGAAGAAACUAUUACUACCAGCCCUUAUCAGUAUCUGCAAAAGGUGCAGGGCACGUAUCAGGGUAACGCCCAGGAGCGCAAAUCGUAUCGAGCAUUUUCAUGAGAGAAUUUUUCUCAUGGACUUGCUAUAGAAUUUUGAAAUGGUACAAGAAGUGCGCGAUUUCGCGUUUGAACAAGUGAAGACGAAGAGCAUACCUGUCUACCACAGCAUUCCUCACACGAGUGCGGUUAUUUUUCAUCUCAAAGCAAAAGAACUCACCGACCUGCAGGGCAACUAUCAUGAUCUGCUGGUAGGGGUGCCACAAUGAU